AUGAAUGUAUCAUCGAUUUAUGCAAUCGCCGCUGGAGGCUGCUUUUUAGCUCUCUUCCUAAUCCAGACCCGAACCACUAUGGUUGGCUGGAUCGAGUCCUGCUCAGUUCUGAUCUCUCGGCACGUCACACUUCCUACUCUCAUCCACAGACAUCGGGUUUGGGGACCCUGGUCCCGAUUAAAUUUUCUUAUCUAUCUUAUCUACAUUAUCGUAAAUAUCAUUAUAGUCUUCUUUUAUACACACUCCGUCGCCCAAGCUGGCCGUCGAGCUAGAGAGCUGGCUCUUAUCAACCUUACUUUUCCCCUCUCCGCCACUCACCUCGGUUGCCUCGCAGACCUUCUGGGUAUCACCUGGCGCACUUACUGCAAGAUUCAUCAGGCAACAGGUUGGAUGUCUGUUGCUCUCCUGUCUUUUCACGUGGUUGCCGGUUGCCAGAGCCGGGGAUUCAGUUUUCCUCUUAGGCCAACACGUAACAUAUUUACCCUGAUUGGAUCAAUCUCUUUAGCCGCACUUGCCCUCCUUUCUCUCCCCUGGCUUCGCCGACGGUGUUAUAAAGUCUUCCUCCGAAGCCACCAAGCUCUGACUGCUCUCUUUUUAUAUAGCGCGUGGCGAUAUCUCCCAGAUCAGAGUCGCUUGUCAAAAUUGUACCUUUACGUGCCGUUGGUGAUCCUGGCCCUGACUACACUCCUGGAGAUUAUCAACCUUUGUUACACAAAUAGACUAUUUUCGGGCCACGGCCCUCCUCGGGCCUUUAUAUCCUUCACUCCAGAAGGAUCUCUUACACAUCCUAAGCUAAACAAAGCGGCCCAGGUUCGUCUGGUUCUGCCCAGAUCUAUAGAGAUCGAUACGGGCCAGUAUAUCAACUUAUGGAUGCCGUCAGUUGGAUCUUGGCCGUGGCUUCAAACACACCCCUUCAUAUUGCGCGGAAGACAUGACACGAUUGAGCUAUUUGUGCAGCCACGCGGUGGCAUAACAUCAGACUUACUGAGCCUUGCCACUGGCGCUCCUGGCUGUUCUGUACCAUUUCUGGCCAUGUUCACAGAUCCACAUGGUACCAGUGAGAUUGUUGACAGGUUUAAAACCGUGCUACUGGUUGCGAGUGGUUUCGGGAUCGCUACAACAAUCCCCUAUCUGAAGAAGAUGAUACAUGGCUAUAAUACCUGCACACUUCAUAUCCGUCGGCUGCAUUUUUCAGCAAGCACCAACACUAACAAAUCAGAAAUGGUCAGUGCAGCCGAGUACCUGCUAAACCCUCUCCUAGAGGACGAUAUAAUAGAUAAAGGCUAUAUAAGUCACCAGCUUCAAAAUAGAAACUUUAUCCUCAGCAUUUCAAUCUACGUCGAAAAAGGGCUUGCUCAUAAUAAGACGCCAAUAGGAAAAUAUGAAAGAGCCUGCUUUUACCAAGGUGCACCUAAUAAUAACAACAUAGUCUCGCUCGAGGCAUCUGGAGACCAGAUUAAGAGGCUACCGAGUAUCCGCGAUAAGCAAGGCCGGACCUUGGUGAUGGCAGCAGGUAGUCUCAGAGACCAAAUCCGAAAGACCGUCAAGGGCUUUUUACAUCGUGGUAUAAGGCUUCGGAGCUGGAAUACCAGCCGGAGUAAUUAA